AGAACGACAAAGACAAAAAAGGAUUAUACUUUUAGACGACCCUUCGUGUAUCAUUUGUUAUCAGCACCUCUUCCUUCUGAGCAAUCUCUUAUCUUUCGUAUUUUUCUCAAGUGGGCUCGUUUUAUACUCGGAGCUCGACAAUAUACUAGCAAGACCAUUAUUGAAUUUGAUAUAGCAAAUUCUACGAUAAAUCUAGAAUUACAAGCACUCAAUUAUCGACAUGUAUUAUAUUCUCUCACUUAUAAUACACUUCCUAAUUAUACUCUCGAUAAAGCUGUGCAAUUAACCGUUCAGGCCCACCGUCAAACUUUAGCAUUUAAUAAGGAUCUGGGAAGUCGUAUUUCUGAAUAUUUUGAGAUACCUACACCAAGUACACCAUCUUCACCCUCGCCAAGAAUUUGA